UGUUGAUGAAUGCUGAAGCUGGGUAGUCAACAUGUCCACCGCUGCUGCUCAACACAACAAUAACGAAGAGCCCGGGCUUCACGGCUCUUGGGUUGAGUUGGAGCUGAAUGGGAACACAGGGGCCCAACGCACACAGACCAACCAGUUAAUGAUCCCCGAAGCAGACCAAAUAAAUGCAAAUGAUGGUAUUAGUGAAACUCUGCCAAACUUAGAUGUGGUGCCUGAGGCUGAUGAAACCCUGAUCGGAGGGCUAGAGCAUGUUCCAUCGUCCUCCUCUAUCCACAAUGGAGACAUGGAAAAGAUCCUCCUGGAUGCACAGCAUGAAUCCAGCCCGAGUAGUUCCUCCUGUGAUAGUCCCCAAAGGCCACCGAGUCCAGAUCAAGAUGACGGUCAGAUAACUUUUGAUGUGGACAUGUCCAGCCCGAGAGGUAGUCAGUCAGAGGAAGAUGGAGAGAGGGACAGAGAGGAAGACAUCCUGAUGAACAAAGAAGUAGACUGGGUCUCUGAUUGGUCCAGCAGACCGGAAAACAUCCCACCAAAGGAAUUUCACUUUAGGCACCCCCGACGUUCAGUGUCUCUUAGUAUGAGAAAGAGUGGAGUCAUGAAGAAGGGGGGCAUCUUCUCUGCUGAAUUCCUCAAAGUCUUCAUCCCCUCUUUACUCAUCUCACACAUCCUUGCUCUUGGCAUCGGGGUGUACAUCGGAAAAAGAAUUGCCACAGCCUCCACCAGCUCUUACUGAGUAGAAAAUGAAGCAGUGCCCUUAUGUUCUCCUGUCUACAAGUCUCUGAACCAUCCUCCCGUAGCCAAGCUGUCUCUGCAUUCAUUGUACGCCCGCAUCGCCUCCCCAAUCAGCAUUCAAUUCUGUCACAUUGUAGAUGUAGUUAUAUCUAUACUCAUUACAUAAUGUGGUUGCACUCCUUCACAUUUUGACACAGGGCAACACUGUAUCGAACAGUUGUCACCAACUUGAAUCCAGUAGGUAACGAACCCUGUUCAGCUAAAAAAAAUAUGUGACACGGAUUUGAUGUCAGGGGGCUUAAGGGUUGGGGAUGUUUUUCAGAAAUUUCCCUCCUUAUUUCAAUGUUAUGUCAUGAAAAAUCUGGCCUUCUCCAAAGCUGCAUCUCUCUGCUGGUCUCUCAGCAGGCAGUGCAUGAACCAAAAAAAAAAAAGUGUCGUAUCUGCAAUACAAACAAAAUUAAUUGGCUUUGGGAAGAGAAUGGACUUUUAUCGCCUUAAACUUUUUGAGCUCAACUUUCAAGGUGCGGAUAUUGGGAAGAAAAUAAAACAAUGCUGCACAGUGGGAUUAGUUUUUUCAAUUCCACACAUUUUUCAGAAGUUGUAUCAUAUUAUCUCCUGUGGGUUUUCUUUUUAAAGCUUUGUUCUUUGAAGGUUGGAAAGCUUAAAUGCUGAUCUAGUAUGUAGCUCCAAAAGUUUCUAUUGGGGGUGUUUGAGUAUAAUAUGGUAGUGAAAUUUAGGCCGGAAGGCAAUUUACCAGGCCAUAUGCUAUUUUUAUUUCUUUUUGCCUACAUAUCUUCUUCUUUAAUACAUAAUAUAGCAGCAAAGGCAAAGUGCCAAAUGAUUUCACCACUGCACAUUGGUGAUUUAUCUUAGACUGUUUUUUGAUUAUUUUUUUUUCUGAUAUGUUUAGAUAUUUAAAUAUGUAGAUGUGAAAAUAAUUUAAGCUGUGAUCUGCCCCAUGUAAUAGAAACCUUUUGACAUUGUAUAAUUUGUUUAUACAUUGAUAUUAAUGCAUAUUAUACCUUAUGCAUUGUGGCAGUGUCAGUGAUGUGUUUUUGCUGUCAUUUAAUUGCUUAAGCGUUGGUGGCAGAAACCACCACACAAGAAGGUAUUUCGAAGGGGCCUCAUUGAAGAGUGUUUUCUGAUUUUACCUAGAUUUCACUGUGCAAUCAUUUCAAACAGUAUGAUACAAUAAAACAUGUACAGUGUCUGUAGGACCUCCAGAAAGACGAAACGUGAGAAGCGUCUCCUGAAGUAAAUGCAUGUGAUUUGUGUUGAUUGAUGCUGAUUAAUUGACUGGAUGAUCCGUCUCUUUGUGUUUUUUAAUGGAUGACAUCAUAAUCACAUGAAUAAUCAAUAACCAUAAUGUACAAUAUUGGCAGCAUUGGUUUUAAAGCACUCAACCAGGCAUCUAGGCUUCAGUGCAUUACAUAAUUCAUACUAACCCAUAAACUGUGCAUCUCAUCAUAAUGAGCUUGUUUACAGUUGAUUGGUGUUUAAUACGCAGCAUUUUGGAAUUUGAAUAAAGUUUGUACUUCAUACAGUGGCUGAGAUAUAAAUACCAAUGAAGUGGAUGGAGCUCCAUAGACUGUAAUGUAUUAUAUAGGUCACAAGAACUCAUUAAAUGCACAUAUCAUAAUCAUGUUCUUCUGCGCAACUGCUAGUAAGCAGCAAAGAGGAAAGUGAAACAUUUAAAUUGACUUUGUGCAGGAUACAGAGUCUAUGGAGUUUAGUCGAUUAUUUUUACACAUUUACCUUUAAAUGAACACAUUUACCAAAACAAUUGGACGGAGUAAGUAUAAGAAGAAUGAAGGAAUGUGUGUAAUUGCUGCAUGUGUAGAUAGGAUGAUCACGCAGGCCCUCUCUUUCUCCUGCCCAGCUAAAUCGGGUAUCUCCAUUUCUGUUUGCUCCUCUAAAUUAAUGUCCUUCGCUUCCAAUUUUAAUAAGAUCUUUAAACUUAAUAUCCAUUCGCUCCUGUGGUAACCUCUCUAUGUUAACGUGCCACAAUCAAGCCAAAAUAAACUCAAAUAAAUUCA